GGCGGGAGGAGGAGGAGAUCCUGCCGGGAGCAGGAAGCGGCUGAAGAAGCCUCACGAGCUCCGGAACAGCGUCGACAUCAGCGGCUGUCCUCCAUAAUGUAACCCCCUCGGAGCGGCUCACGUCGACGCGUUCAGGCGGCAUGUCCGGGGCUCCGCGGUGAACCAGCACGACCACGAUGAAGGGCUGCGGUAUGCGCUGCUCGGUGGGCUUUCUGUCCCGCAGAGAGCUGACGGGGCAGCCGCUCCUGAAGGAGGAAUUCCAGCGGCGCAGGCUGGCGGGCUGCACCAGCCUCUACAAGAAAGACAUGCUGGGACACUUCGGCUGCGUCAACGCCAUCGAGUUCUCCAACAGCGGCGGAGAGUGGCUGGUGUCCGGAGGAGACGACCGCAGAGUUCUGCUGUGGCACAUGGAGAAAGCCAUCCACGGUCUGGCCAAGCCGGUGAAGCUGAAGGGCGAGCACCUCUCCAACAUCUUCUGCCUGGCCUUCGACAGCUCCAACACCAAAGUCUUCUCCGGCGGAAAUGACGAGCAGGUGAUCCUUCACGAUGUGGAAAGGAGGGAGACCCUGAACGUGUUCCUGCACAUCGACGCCGUCUACAGCCUGUCCGUGAGCCCCGUCAACGACAACGUCUUCGCCAGCUCGUCUGACGACGGCAGAGUUCUCAUCUGGGACACUCGCGAGCCGCCUCACGGAGAACCCUUCUGCUUGGCCAGCUACCCGUCAGCCUUCCACAGCGUCAUGUUCAACCCCGUGGAGCCGCGGCUGCUCGCCACCGCCAACUCCAAGGAGGGCGUCGGCUUAUGGGAUAUCCGCAAACCGCGCAGCUCGCUGCUGCGUUACGGAGGCAGCAUGUCGCUGCAGAGCGCCAUGAGCGUCCGCUUCAACAGCUCCGGCACGCAGCUGCUGGCCCUGCGGCGCCGCCUGCCGCCCGUCCUGUACGAGCUGCACUCCCGCCUGCCCAGCUUCCAGUUCGACAACCAGGGCUACUUCAACUCCUGCACCAUGAAGAGCUGCUGCUUCGCCGGAGACCGAGACCAGUACAUCCUUUCCGGAUCGGACGACUUUAACCUGUACAUGUGGAAAAUCCCGAAGGACCCGGAAGCAGGAGGCCCGGGUCGAGUGGUGAACGGGGCCUUCAUGGUCCUGAAGGGUCAUCGCUCCAUCGUCAACCAGGUCCGCUUCAACCCUCACACCUACAUGAUCUGCUCGUCCGGAGUGGAGAAGGUCAUCAAGGCUGCCGCCGAUCCCCGCACUGACUCGGGUAACUCCUCCUCUUCCUCCCUGGCCGGACCGGACGCCUCAGGAGGAGAGGAGCAAGCUGGAGAGGAGGGGGAGGAGCGUCCCAGGAGGCGGAGCCGACACCCGUCCGGGUUACUGGAGGACUCGGACUCCAGCGAGUUCUGGCUGGAUCCGAUGCCGCGCCCGCGGUCCCCGAGCCCGAGGGACAACUCCGUUCUGUCCAGCCCCGCCUCCUCCCCGUCCCUCCCCGCCGGAGCCUCCAGCCCCUCCACCUCCACCUCCAGCUCCAGCAGCGACGAUGAGGAGCGGCGCAGCGCCGUCAGGCGCCGCAACGUCAUGAGGCGGCGCCGCAUGAACGUGGUGUCCCGGGCCGGGGAUCGGCCCGAGUCGGUGCAGGCGCUGUUCUCCGCCCUGGACUCCUGCAGCUACCCCUCCAUCUCGGUGGAGGACCCGUCCUCCUCCUCCGCAGACGAGGACAAGCGCUCGGCUCAGGCCACGCCCCACAGCCGGCCCGCCAAAGACGAGGACAGCUGUCUGAGCCCGUCGGACUUCGUGUGCCACAGUCCAGAGAUGAGCCAGGAGGGCGGGGGCUGUGGCGCCGAGGCGGGGGAGCCCGGCGGGUCAGCGCGCCCCCACCGGACCGGAUCCGACAGCAAAGAGGCGUGCGGCGCCUCCCUGAGCCCGGAGGUGAACGGGCAGCACCGGCCCGCCUCGCCUACUGGAGGAGGCGUGUCCUCAGACGCCGAGGAGGAGGAGGGACUUUCACCCGGAGACGGUCGGCCGCAGAGCGAGAAAGGUGCGGCAAAGAAACGGACUCACCUGGGGGCGCAUCCGUCAGGCUCCUCCCCCACAGAAAAGAAGCUGAGGACAUAGUGACUCCGCCCCCUCGCCGUUUCAAAAGCGGGUUUUCUAUAAACUCUCAGAACUCUGAUUCUUCAUUUCUCACCCGACGAAAGAACAGGAAGGAUCUCCGGUGGAGAACGAGUCGGACCGGGUCGUCACGUUUCAGUUAGAACCACACAGAACCGAACAGAACCCGCUAAAUGUUGUUCAGAACCGUUUUGUUUUCAUGUGGAUUAUUUGGGUUCAUCCUCGUCACGCCGAGGCGGUUUAGAACCGCCCCCCCAGCAGAAACCAAGGUCGUGUGUAGAAGCAGCUUCAGCUUCAGUGAAGGAUCUGUUCUGUCAUCCCGACCUGCUGGAGCCGCUUCGGUUCUGGUUUCAAAUAAACCCUGUUUGUUCCCCAGAU